UUCGAAGGGUUACACUCAUCAUGGUGCGCCUUUUAUCACCAAGCGAUAGGAAGUCGAUGCCGAACACCCGAACGCGGUCCACAGUGUCGAAAGCGCUCAAGUCAUUGAUUAAGACACGCGUAAUGGCCCGUAACAGACUCGUUUCACCCUCCCAGAGGACUCAUAAUCGGCAUAAAUGCAUAUGUGAACCUUAUUACCAGUCUCCUACUAGAUCAGAAGAACCCCCGGGCUACACUGAAUAUCGCGAAGAAGACGAAUUUACCGAUGUGGAGGACGCCAUUCAGGGGUACCAGGAUAAUGAAGACGAAGACGGUUCCGCGGACUCUGACUGGGACGAGCAUGCGACUCUGAUUGCUCUCUUAGACGACGGAGAGGAGGCUUCUGAAUGUGCUGAUGGCGCAGCUAUCGUCGAUCGACUCUCGCCAGCAUUCCUGGCUCAUCGCAGAGAAGCAACAGAACAGUCCAGGGAGACUCUCGUUCCGGUGGUCACUCGAGUAGGAGAGACUCACAAAUUCCUUUCGCAUGACAACAAUCCGACUUUACUCCGUGGAGUUGCCCUAUUUGACAAGAGCUCGGGAGCCCUCGAAGAUGCUGCAAGGCGUGAACACGAUCAAGUGGUUCGGGCGUUCACCAGGGUGAAAGACACGCUUCAAAAUUUAUCUCUUCAGCUGCAAGAUGUAUGCGUUGAGAGUGACAAGCUCCUCCAUAGUUAUGAAAAGGGCGUUAAUGAAUAUGUCCAACGACUCCAAAGUCACUCGAAAUCGGUGCCCGGGGACGUCGAGGAACUCGUAUGUAGACUUGACCAGACAACCAAGUCUGUCGCAGCCGGAGAUCAUGCAAAAGCCAGGGAGAAACUUCUACGAGGCAUCCUGGACAGAUACUGAGCACAAUUUUCCUUCUAUUGCACGUCAUGUACCUUGCCCGGACUUCCAUCAUGUCACUUUACUGAUUCUAUCCUCCAUACAGCGUGUUCUUGCCAGGGAUUCAUCACGGAGUUCUCGUAUUGUUUGUAUGACUUACGUUGUUAUUUAAAUGCCAAUCCUUUAGGCUGUUCCCCUACCGUUCCUGGUCAUAAUUAAUCCAUGA